CUCACUUGGCGCACCCAAUUCGAGUCUUUCUUGGUGUCUCAGGGUCUCUUUGGCAUGCUUGAUGGUUCUAUUCAGGGUACUCUAGAUCAUGGACUGUGGCUCCAGACAUCUGACCGACCUACAUAUAUUAUGGCUUAUUCUGAUGCUGAUUGGGCGGGCUGUCCAGAUAGCUCUCGCUCCACUACUGGCUUUGCUGUUUUCUUGGGUCCUAAUCUUGUCUCUUGGAAGUCCAAAAAGCAGCCCACGGUCUCCAAGUCUUCCACAGAGGCUGAGUAUCGUGCUAUAGCUUAUACUGUCCAAGACACAUUACAUAUCAAAUCCAUACUAUUUGAGCUUGGUUUUCCUAUCAAGGCACCUGUGCAGCUAUUAUGUGAUAACAUCUCAG